GUGUCCCCCACAAAGAUCCUCAAAACCUCCCACCGACGAGGAGAUGGAUGCUUGGACAGACGUUGCAUGGUCGUCUGUUCACGGUGUGCAACGACUCUAUUCUCACCGGAACCGUCGUCGAGGAGCUUUAUUGAUGACAAACGCUGGUUUGAUUUCCUAAGGAUUCUAUAACAGAGUGGUUACCGCUCCCACCACCACCGCCACCACCGUCCCCGUCCCCGUCCCAGAUCCUGCUCACUCACCAAGAUGGUCUCCCUCGCCGACGUGCUCCUCAACAACACCUCCCUGCUCACGCCCGGCAGCGGCCCCAUCUGCGCGCUGGUCGGAUGCACCGAGGGGAUCGGGCAGGCGACGCUGCACGCGGUGCUGCGCCACACGUCGUCGCCGACCAUCUACGUCGUCGGGCGUGGCGGGCCGGGCGGGGUCGACACCACCAUCGCCGCCGCGCAGGGGCUCAAUGAAUCCGCGACCCUCAUCCCGAUCACUGCGGAGGACUUGGGCCGGGUGUCGUGCGCGCAGGACGCCGCGCGGGCGAUCGUCGCCUCUGCUCCGCCCAGGCUGGACCUGCUCAUCAUCACGGCGCCCUCUUCGCCGGGGCAUGCGUUCCUGUCCCUGGGGAGGUGGAGGAGAGCCUCGCGGGACUUUCCCCCCGCGGAGGACAGCCUUGACCGCGCCGCCUGCGUCCGGUACCUCGCGCGCAUGCGCAUCCUGAUCACGCUGCUCCCGCUGCUACGCAAGGCGGCGUCGCCGCGCGUAGCCUGUGUCGUUGUCGGUGGGGGAGAGGGCACACUGCCGCUGCUGCUGCCGCCGCUGGAAGCGACAGCGGAUGCCGUGACGACGCUGUUCUUCGAGCACGUGGCCCGACAGCCCGGCAACGACAAGAUCGUGUUCCUCCAGAUCAGCCCGGGCCUUGCAUUCCCUGGUUCGAGCAAUGCCGCCCUGCUCCCCUUCCUGUGGGACUGGGUGCUGACGCCCAUCUUCAGGCUGGUGGGCUACACUUUGGCAGAGGAGGCGGGCGAGCGGGUCCUCUUCGCCGCGACGAACGGGCGCUUCCGCCGCAUCCAGGACCCCGAGCGGGCAAAGGGCACUUUGAUCCAGCAGGGCAGUGAUGGCGUCUUGGGCAGCGGCGUGUACCUCGUGAAUGCGGACUCGAGCGUCGUCGAGGGCGGCAGGGACAAGGAGCUGAAGAGGUUGAGGAGUGGGAUGGACGCCGAGCAGAAGACCUGGGAGUAUACGAUGGGCGAGUUGGCGAGGAUCGGAGGGGAUGGUCAAGACUGAGAAAUGAUAUGUGAAUGGGAGCGUAUACAGUACGGUCUCUCGGGACACGCCACAAACACAGUAAGCCAAUCAGCAGGCGACAGCAG